GAGGAGUUUCCUCCGAAAGUACCUGGCUUGAUGUAUCAGCUCCCGAGUCAACUAUUUUCUUGUUCUAAAAGGCCUUUCUGAACCCGGCCCAGUUCUACUUACCGGGUUCCGUUUUCAGCCUAAGCCAUAUCAUCAGCUCCUCCCCGUGUAUCCGGGUUUUUCACCUUUUCAAAAUGGAGGCAAAACCACCGUCACCGACGGCAGAAACGGAGGCGCCGCCGUACGCCGGCGAAGCAAAACCAUCUCUCUUCCCUGUCUUCCCUCCCACAAACUCCUCCUCUCUUCAAACCACUACUUCCACUUCGGCUUCUCAAUGGCUCGCCAACUCCAGCUUCACCGCCGACAUCUCCGCCAUAAACGACGCCGUCGCAUCCCAGCUCAGCCACGAAAUCAUCCAGUCGCCGCAACAAUCUGAUGACAACGACGACUACGAUGACAAUCGAGCUCAGGCGAAGCCCGCUUCUUCUUCCUACGCGAUUCUGGAGUCUUCUGAAUCCGAUGGAGAUGGAAGGCAGAGACAGAAGAAGGAGAAGAGGAAGAAGAAGAAGAAGCGGAAGCGCGAUCGGUCCGUGGAGCGAGGCGGGUUUGACGGUUUUGGUUCGAGGAAGUCGCGUGUUCGAGCUUGGGCUGAUUCGGAGGCUAACACCGUUAAAGAUUAUUACAUUGAUUCCCAUGGCGAUCGCGAUAAUCUGGCGUUCGGGUGCAUCUACAGAAUGGAUGUUGCCCGGUACAGAGCAUACAACCCCUUGAAGCUAUCUGGGGUGCAUGGUCCGGGCUUGUAUUGGUGGAAUCAGAGUGUUUCACUUGGGGAAAGAGAUAGCGAUGUUGACUCACUGAACAGUGAAAUGAAGUCUGCUGGUCGAUACUGGUCUGGAAAGUAUAUGGCUUUAGAACGACAUAAAAACUUCAAGCGCACUCGUCUGGUUGCUCCAAAAUCGUCUCCUCUUACAACUCAAGAAGAGUUCAUACCCUUAUCAGACGUUGGGACAUCUCAUGGAGCUGUUGAUAAUGACUCUGACUCUAAAAUUUCUGCAUCACUUGAAGAGUCUCUGGAGGAUCAAAUGCUAAACAAAACUAAGGAGUUCAACAAACUAACAAGGGAGCAUCCCCAUGAUGAGAAAGUUUGGAUAGCUUUUGCAGAGUUUCAAGAUAGGGUUGCUGGGAUGCAACGACAGAAAGGUGCUCGCUUGCAAACUCUCGAGAAGAAGAUUAGCAUUCUGGAGAAGGCAGUUGAGCUUAACCCUGAGAACGAAGAUCUGUUGCUUUGCCUUUUGAAAGCUUAUCAAACGAGAGACAGUUCAGAUGUGCUAAUUGGGAGAUGGGAGAAGAUACUUUUGCAACAUUCUGGAAGUUACAAGUUAUGGAGAGAAUUUUUGCAUGUUGUUCAGAGAAAUUUCUCAAAAUUUAAGGUUUCAGUGGUUAGGAAGAUGUAUGCACAUGCUAUUGAAGCUCUAUCUGCUUCUUGCAGCAAGCACUAUAGGCAGCAGGUUCACCGAGCUGCUGAUCCUUCUUCACCGGAUCCUGUAAUUGUUCAGCUAGAACUUGGUCUGGUGGAUAUAUUUCUCAAUCUUUGCAGAUUUGAAUGGCAAGCUGGUUAUAGAGAAUUGGCCACCGCUUUAUUUCAGGCGGAAAUCGAGUUUAGUUUGUUUUGUCCACCUUUGCAGCUCACAGAGCAUAGUAAGCAAAGGCUGUUUGAGCAUUUUUGGAACAGUGAUGGUGCUAGAAUUGGAGAAGAAGGGGCUCUUGGUUGGUCCACAUGGUUGGAGAAAGAGGAGGAAACUAGGCAAAGAGUUCUCAAGGAGGAGCCCUCCCUUGAAAAUGAAGGUGGUGGUUGGACUGGUUGGUCAGAACCAUUGUCUGAAGAUAAGGAGGCUAUUGCCAAUGUUGAAAAUGAAUCUGAGAAUGAUUUUGUUAUGGAGGAUAAUCAAGAUGAAGAUGAAGGUAAAGAUGUUGAGCCGGAAGUUGAUACUGAAAAUUUGCUGAAUCUGCUUGGGAUUGAUGUCAACUCCGGGGAUGGUGGUGAAGUUACUGAAGCUUCGACCUGGAUCAAAUGGUCAGCAGAAGAGUCUUCUAGAGAUUGUGAUCAAUGGAUGCCUGUUCGUAAGAAAUCAGAUACAACCUCUUCUACCAGUGAAGCAGAGAAAGAAGAGGAUGAGCAACUUUUGAGAAUCAUAUUGUAUGAAGACGUGACUGAAUAUCUGUUCACCUUGAGCACAGAAGAGGCUCGGCUAUCUUUAGUGUCCCAAUUCAUUGACUUCUAUGGUGGGAAGAUGUCUCACUUGUUUUGUUCGAACAGUCCAUCUUGGACUGAGAAUGUCCUUAGCAUGGAGGAUCUACCAGAUUCUAUGCUAGAGAAGUUGAAAUGCAUCCAUGAAGUCUUGACAAAAACAAAGAACAGUCCUGCUGGUUUCAAUUUUGAAUUCCCAUCAGGCAGUUUAUCAAGUAAUGCUGAUAUUAUGAAAUUUGUACGGAAUGCAGUCUUGCUUUGUUUAACUGUUUUUCCACGUAAUCACAUUUUGGAAGAAGCUGUUCUUAUUUCUGAAGAGCUUUAUGUUACAAAAAUGAAUUCUUCUAACUGUAUGGCUACACCAUGUCGAGCGUUGGCAAAGUCUCUCCUAAAAAGUGAUCGACAGGAUGUAUUGCUAUGUGGUGUAUACGCACAAAGAGAGGCUAAUUAUGGUAACAUUGAUCUUGCAAGAAAAGUGUUUGACAUGGCACUGUUAUCUGUGGAAGGGCUUCCUGUGGAACUGCAAUCCAGUGCUCCUCUUCUAUAUUUCUGGUAUGCUGAGAUGGAGCUUGAAAAUAACUCUGGUGGUGAUCGUGAACCUUCAUAUCGUGCAAUACAUGUAUUAUCUUGCUUGGGAAAUGGCACAAAAUACAACCCAUUUAAAAGUCAAGCAUCAAGUUUGCAAGUGCUUAGAGCACAUCAAGGGUUUAAAGAAAGAUUGAGAACAGUUCGAUCAUCUUGGGUUCGUGGUAUGAUAAAUGACCACUCUGUUGCUCUAGUAUGUUCGGCUGCAUUGUUUGAAGAGCUAACUACCGGAUGGGAAGCGGGCAUUGAAGUAUUGGAUCAAGCUUUUGCAGCGGUGCUUCCAGAAAGGAGAAGCAUUAGUUAUCAACUUGAAUUUUUGUUUAACUACUUCAUAAGGAUACUUCGGAGACAUCAGAGGCAAUCAAGCCUGUUAAAAGUUUGGGAGUCCAUCUCUCAGGGCCUCCAGAUAUAUCCCUUCAGUCCAGAACUUCUAAAAGGUGUUGUGGAGGUUGGCCAUUUUCACACAACAUCUAAUAGAUUGCGGCGGAUUCUAGAUGACUGUUGUUACAAGAAACCAUCUGUACUUGUCUGGCUUUUUACAUUAUCAUAUGAGAUGUCUAGAGGUGGCUCACACCACAGAAUCCGUGGGUUGUUCGAAAGAGCACUGGGUAAUGACAGGCUUUGCAGCUCAGUUGUACUGUGGCGUUGCUACCUUGUGUAUGAAUUGAACAUUGCACAUGAUCCUUCUUCAGCUCGACGUGUUUUCUUCCGGGCUAUCCAUGCCUGCCCCUGGUCAAAACGGCUAUGGCUGGAUGGCUUUCACCAGCUAAACUCUGUACUUACUGGAAAAGAGCUAUCUGAUCUACAGGAAGUUAUGCGGGAUAAGGAACUGAAUCUGAGAACUGACAUAUAUGAGAUCCUUUUGCAGGAAUCAUGACCAUUGUUCUCCUGCGCGGCCAGAAUCCUAUGCACUGCCUCUUUUCUUGAUCUGGUGAGACCUAAUGUAAGAUUUUGAUGGAUGUUCGUGCAAGUCUCCACCAUUGGUAUAAAUUUGUUGUUUUUAUUAGCAUAAGUUUAUAUGCAUGGUGAUAGCUUAUGUAAUCGAUACAAUUGUAGAAGUACUUGUAAAUUCAAGGGCCAUCCUUGGGCAGUGUAUUUGAAUGUGCUUAAGAGAAUGUAAAAAUCAACUUGAGGUGGUUAGUGUAUAUGUGCUAAAGAAAAUGUAAAAAUCAACUUGAGGUUGCUAAAUUACGUUUGUUCAAUGAUGUCAUUUGAUUUCCUAA